AUGGCGGCGGAGGAAGUGGAGCAGGCGCAGGGGAGCAGAACUCCGGGCGCGGCCACGGGAGGUCAUGGGCGCGACGGGCGCGGCCAUGGGAGGUCGCGGGGCGCGUGCGAACGGCAGCAGGGCGCUGCGUGGCGCUGGCGGAGCAGUGCCGCGGACGAGCACCGGCGUGAGGGCACGGGGAGAGGGACGGCGCGGACGGACCAGCGGCGCACGACAGCGGGGUUGGUGGCGCGGCCGGGCGGCAGUGGGCGCGCGGGAGGGGGAUUAGGCGGCCGCGUGCAGAGAAGGGUAGAGGCCCGGGGCCUCACCAGCGUUGAUGGGGAGAGGGGGCGCCGAGGCGGCGUUGGCGACGGUGGAGCGGUUCGGGCGGCGCCGGCGAGGCGACGGGUGGACGACGACCCGAGGUAG